CAGCGGAUUCGUAUCACUAAGUUGAACAAUUUCAUAUUCACUUUGCAAAUUAUCUCCGGUUUCGAUUUCUGUUUAGUCGGCGUUUUUGUUCAGAUUCAGUCCACUCCUCCGUAUCUUGCCGUCUCUGAAGAUUUUAUUCCGAUCGAAUAAAAGAAGAUGGGGGGUGGAUUUCGAGUUCUUCACUUGGUCAGACCGUUUCUUUCGUUCCUCCCAGAAGUUCAGAGCGCUGACAGGAAAGUUCCAUUCAGAGAGAAGGUUAUUUAUACAGUGAUUUCGCUUUUCAUUUUCUUGGUUUGUAGCCAACUACCUCUGUAUGGCAUACACUCCACAACGGGAGCAGAUCCGUUUUAUUGGAUGCGUGUGAUUCUUGCUUCAAAUCGUGGCACUGUCAUGGAACUUGGAAUAACCCCCAUUGUCACAUCUGGGAUGGUGAUGCAGCUCUUAGUUGGGUCUAAGAUCAUUGAAGUUGACAACAAUGUGAGAGAGGACCGCGCACUCUUAAAUGGGGCACAAAAAUUGCUCGGUAUACUCAUAGCAAUUGGGGAGGCGGUUGCUUAUGUUCUCUCUGGCAUGUACGGCAGUGUUGAUCAACUUGGAGUGGGCAAUGCCAUUCUUAUUAUUGUUCAGCUCUGUUUUGCUGGUAUCAUCGUCAUUUGUUUAGAUGAGCUUCUUCAGAAAGGAUAUGGCCUAGGCUCUGGAAUUUCCCUCUUUAUAGCUACCAAUAUCUGUGAGAACAUUAUUUGGAAAGCAUUUAGUCCCACUACAAUCAAUAGUGGACGAGGAGCUGAAUUUGAAGGAGCUGUUAUUGCUCUAUUUCAUCUGCUGAUAGCUCGGUCAGACAAAGUUAGAGCACUUCGUGAGCCAUUUUACCGACAAAAUCUUCCCAAUGUCACAAAUCUGCUUGCAACAGUUUUUAUCUUUUUAAUUGUGAUCUACGUCCAAGGAUUCCGGGUGGUUUUGCCUGUGAGGUCAAAGAAUGCCCGCGGACAACAAGGUUCAUACCCAAUCAAGCUGUUCUACACUUCCAACAUGCCAAUCAUUCUACAAUCUGCACUUGUAUCAAAUGUUUAUUUCAUCUCUCAGUUGCUGUACAGGAAGUAUGGUGGAAACUUUCUCGUGAAUCUUUUGGGUAUAUGGAAAGAAUCUGAGUACUCAUCUGGUCAAUCUGUUCCCGUGGGUGGUCUUGCCUAUUAUAUAACUGCACCAUCGAGCUUGGCUGAUAUGGCAGCCAAUCCUUUCCAUGCCCUGUUCUAUCUUAUUUUUAUGCUGUCUGCAUGUGCUCUUUUCUCAAAAACUUGGAUUGAAGUAUCAGGAUCUUCUGCUCGAGAUGUUGCUAAGCAGCUUAAGGAACAACAAAUGGUGAUGCCUGGUCACCGCGAAUCGAACCUUCAAAAAGAGUUGAACCGCUACAUACCGACUGCAGCAGCAUUUGGAGGCAUCUGCAUUGGUGCACUCACCGUGUUGGCUGAUUUUAUGGGCGCAAUUGGUUCAGGAACAGGAAUUCUUCUUGCAGUCACAAUCAUUUACCAGUAUUUCGAAACUUUUGAAAAGGAAAAAGCCAGCGAGCUUGGCCUUUUUGGCUUCUAGCCAUCUUCUUGCACUUAAAAGAUUGAGGAUGGAUGGAUGGAUGGAGAUCUCUGGUUAAAUGUCAAAGCGCCGUUGCACCGGGCUGGAGCGCCGUGUUUGAUCUCACAUCCACUUGAACUACUGUGUAUUUUCUUGAUAUCAAUUCAGCUCCAUGGUGGGUCAAAGCUUACUGGGAACCUGCUCUGGAUGAUGUAGAAGGUUAAAGUAGGAUGCUGAGUUAGCUUUGCUUGUAGAUGAACUUAGUAUAUUCUGUUCAGCUUCACUCUAAAUUCUAAUCUUAGAAGAUAGGCACCACCCUGUAAAUGAGCUGUACUGGAAAAUUUAAAAUUUUGCACCUUUGAAAUGAUACUUAUGGUUGAACAAUCCUUGCCUUUACACCAA